GAGGGAGGGCAGAUUCAUAAAUAACAAAAUUAAGCAAAUUGAGACUGAAACCACACCACGACCACAAGGACCAAAUUGAAACCAGAAACAAACUUCUGGGAGUAAACGGAAAUCAACCCAUCAACAAAGACCCUCGUCGGGCUAAUUCUCUGUUUUCCGGUGUUCGCUUCUUUCCCUACGCUGCUCGCUCAGUUCUGCAAAACAACUGCCAUGGAUGGUGGUUGUUUCAUCACACCGUGAGCUCCUUAUGAUGGAUGUGAUGCUCGGUUGAGCCUCCAUGCCGUCGAGUUCGAGCUUCUGCGUCGCCCUCAAAAGAUUCCCAGAGCUGUCCCGCAGAACCGCAGCAGUCACUUCCAGGGCCUUCUUCUCUUGCCCCGGUCCCGCCGGAACCGUACCACAAAGAUGGAGAAAUUCAGACGCAACGAGACCCACAAGCAUAGUUCCCACCACCUCUGGGACAGAUUUGGAGAAGAGCGUAUAUAUGAUACUCACUAUAGAUCGUUGGGAGUCGCUGAACCACAUGAGGUACAAGUUGACCAAGUUAAGACCAGUCCAUGGAAGGCUUGCUUUGAAGUUCCUCGACUGGGUGAUGAAACAGCCCGGAUUCGAACUCAACCACCUCAUUCACAUACUGUCCUUAACCUCUCAUAUACUUGUCAGAGCAAGGAUGUAUGACUCUGCCAAAUCGAUUUUGAGGGAGUUAUCGUUGACAGGUCUCGGCCCAAAGUCUGUUUUCCAUGCUCUUAUGGGCACGUACCGUCUUUGUAGUUCAGACCCUUCAGUUUUCGACACUCUGAUUAGGGUCUAUUUAAGCAAAGGGAUGGUUGAAGAACCUCUUGAAAUCUUCCACUUGAUGGGUUUUGUGGGAUUUAAGCCUUCAGUUUGUACCUGUAAUGGGAUAUUAUCUGCAUUGGCAAGGGAAAGGAGAGGCGGGCUCGUUUGGUCCCUCUUCAACGAUAUGCUAGACAGCGAAAUCUGUCCAGAUGUUGCAACGUUCAACAUACUGAUCAAUGUCCUCUGUGCAGAGGGGGAGAUUAAAAGAGCUGGUCAUCUUCUUAAAAAGAUGAAAGAGAGUGGCUAUGUUCCUACUGUUGUCACUUACAAUACUUUACUCAAUUGGUACUGCAAAAUGGGGAGGUAUAAAGCAGCUAUCCAGCUUUUUGAGCAAAUGUGUUCUAAGGGCAUUAAAGCUGAUGUACAUACAUUUAACGUGCUCAUUGAUGAUUUAUGUAAAAAUGGCAUGAGUUCAAAGGGUUAUUUACUAUUGCGAAAAAUGAGGAAAAUGAUGAUAGCCCCAAACGAAGUGACCUACAAUACCCUUAUUUAUGGGUUUGUUCGGGAGGGUAAAACUGGGAUCGCUGCUAAGGUUUUUGACCAGAUGUCAAGGUCGAAGCUUUCACCUAAUUGUAUCACUUACAGUGCUCUGAUUGAUGGGUUCUGUCGAGAAGGAGAGUUCGAAGAAGCAAUUAAUAUUUUAGAUCAAAUGGAAGAGGAGGGAUUAAGACCAGAUGAAGCCUGUUAUGGAGCUCUAUUGAGUGGCUUGUCAAAGCAGGGAAAGUUAAACAUGGCCCGGAGUUGUUUGGAGAGAAUGAGGAGUAAUGGGUUGUAUGUUGGUCAGAUUGCGUAUACAGUAUUGAUUGAUGGUUUUUGCAGAAAAGAGCUGCUUGAUGAAGCUAUGCUGUUGUUUACAGAGAUGGUGAGAGAUGGUGUAAAUCCUGAUUUAGUUACAUUUUCAGUUCUCCUAAAUGGGUUCUCCAAAGCAAGAAAAACAAGUCAUGUGAAGGAGAUAACUGGAAAAAUGUAUAGGUCAGGGCUUCAACCAAAUGAUGUCAUCCAUUCAACUCUGAUACACAAUUUUUGCCAGCAAGGUAAAGUCAUGGAGGCACUAAGACUCUACAGAGUCAUGGCUCAUGAGGGCUACACAGCAGACCACAUCAUUUGUAACACUUUAGUUGCUUCUUUGUGUCGAAGCGGGAAACUUGAAGAGGCAGAAAAUUUUGUGCAGCAUAUGAACAACAUUGGUAUAGAGCCCAAUGCAGUUACUUUUGAUUGCUUAAUAAAUGGAUAUGCAAGUCUUGGUGAUGGCUUAAAAGUAUUGUCUUUGUUCGAUGAGAUGACAAAAUUUGGCCAUAGUCCUACCCCGUUCACCUAUGCGAGUCUACUGAAAGGGCUUUGCCGAGGGAAGAAUAUUGCAGAAGCGAAGAAACUUUUUGAUAGACUGAGAUAUAUUCCAUCUGCUAUAGAUAAAGUUGCCUACAAUACCUUACUGGGCGGACUGUGCAAAAAUGGAAAUCUUUCGGAAGCAUUGGCCCUUUUGGAUGAAAUGGUGAAAAUUGGUUUUCUUCCUGAUGGAUAUACUUACACGAGCCUUCUUUCUGGUUUAUUCAGGAAGGGCAGGGUCGUUCCUGCCAUUUUCUUGUAUAUAAAAGCGAUGAUCAAGGGAACUUCUUUAUCAAACACAAUUUUCCACACAUGCUUGAUUGAUGGGCUUUCCAAGGAAGGGCACUCAAAAGUUGCAUCCUAUAUUUAUAAUGAGUUGACUGAAAAUACUUUAUGCCCUGAUACAGCUUUUGCUAAUGCGAUUUUAGAUGGAUAUGCGAGAAGGGGAAUGAUGGGCAGCAUAAAUAAUUGUCUGUCCGUAAUGAGGAGAAGCAAUUUGGCUCCUAAUUUGAUCACAUAUAAUAUUCUUUUGCAUGGGCAUGCAAAGAAACAGGACUUGAAGAUGUGCUUCAGUGUAUACAGCAGAAUGGCCAGAGAUGGUUUUGAGCCAGACAAGUUUACAUAUCAUUCCCUGAUUCUUGGGCUCUGUGAGUCAGAAUUGCUGGAAAUUGGGGUCAAGUUUUUGAAAAAAAUGGUCCUCGAGGGCAUCUUACCUGAACGACCCACUAUAGAUAUGCUUAUCAGCAAAUGUUGUGCUCGUGGUAAGAUGGAACUGGCGCUCACUUUGUUUGAUCUGUUGACCUUUCUUCAGUAUGAUGAUGUGGGCGCUUACAGUACCAUCAUUUAUGGGCUGAACAAGAAGUUGGAGUUUGCUAGUUCUUAUGGUCUUAUGCAUGAAAUGUUACAGAAGGGUUAUACUCCAACUCAUAAACAGUACAUUAAUUUAAUUAAUGGUAUGUGUAGAGUAGGAAAUUUUCAAGCCGCUUUCAGGCUAAAGGACGAGAUGCAGGCCCUGUGCAUCACCUCUACCGAUGUUGCUGAGAGUGCAAUGGUUAGAGGACUUUCGCGAUGUGGGAAGAUCGAAGAAUCAGUUAUCCUUCUUAAUCGGACAGUUAAAAUGGGAAUUGUCCCGACUCUUGCCACAUUUACCUCUGUGAUGCAUGGUUUGUGCAAAGAAUCCAACCUCAAAGAGGCUCUGAGACUGAAACAAGUGAUGGACCUUCUCGGUGUUAAGAUCGACGCCGUUGCCUAUAGUGUUCUUAUUACUGGCCAUUGUAAAGUAGGUGAUGUCAAAGGUGCACUUCGCUUUUAUGAGGAGAUGAAGAGUCGCCAUGUUUGGGCAAACUUAACCACUUACUCUGUCCUCUUUGAAGCAAUCCUUUCAAAGGGUGAUUUUGCUGACGGUGAAGUGCUUUUGAAAGAUCUUGAAAGGAGGGGGUUGUUUUCUUGGGAUCAACGCAGUGUAUGUUUGAAGGAGGGCUUAAUGAUUGCCUGUGAAAAAAUAAAUUUGCUCAGGAGUAGGAGGAAAUAGUGUGCAAUCCUAUGGAGCAGUUCUAUAGACUGAGUUCUGGAGGCCUGUAAGCACAUAAAAGAGAUGCUGGAAACUACGGAAGCCUGCUCCAAAUGGUAGGAAAUUUGUUGGAGCAAUGGAAUGGGGGGGAAGCUAUUACAGCCCAUGAUGUCUUCUGUCGGAGAGAAGAAGCUACAGAAACUGGUUAUGUAAUAUGACAGAAUUGGAAGGUCUUCCUGGAGGAAAAUGCCCCAUGGGAAGUAGUCCUAUUAUUUGAGCGGAUAUUUGUGCAUCAGCACAUCCAAGACCGCAGCAGCCACUUGUUGCCGUGUCAACCACCUGUGCCUGGCGGUCGGCGACCCCAUCUAGUUGUCGUGCAGUACUGUUUGGGCACAAUGGAUGGAACUCGAGAGCGCGUGAUGCGACAUUGUGAGUGGUUAAGAAGAUUCAUCACGAGAUUAUCAGUGAGAUUGAGCAGACUCCGAAAGUGAUUCAUCACUCUCUCUCUCUGUCUGAAAGUGAUUUUCUCUCUUUGGAAUUCAUUCAUGUCGGUAUGUAAGCAAUCGCUUCUUCUUGAACUCCCGACCCAACUUUCUCUUUUUGAUCGAUUCCGUUAUAUUUUACCUGUUUUAGCUCAAAUCCAUUGACGGGUCUUGCUGUUUCUGCUUGCAACUGUUUGUUCAUGUCUGUGAAGAUUCUUUCUUUCCCCCACCCACCCCCCCCCCCCCCCCCCCCCCCCCCCCUUGUUCAUGGUGAUGCCCUGCUGCAUGAAUCUAGAAGCCCAGUUCUCUGUGUUGAAUUGAGUGGCUUGUCUGAAGUCUGAACCUCCCCCCUGUGUUCGAAGAAUUUUGGUGUUGGGUUGCAAUAUGUGUAGAAAAGCAUCUUGAAAUUCCUUGUUUAGUGAGUUAGAGAUAAUGGGCAUUUGCAGAUUCGUGAAGGAAAUAAUGUCCUUGAUUGUUUUAUGUUGAUUAGCCAUGAGGUCGUUAUCAAUGGUUUGCGAUGCAACGUGGGAGUAAGUGAAGAAAUAAUUCAUUUUGGGACGACAAUUUGAUUGCUGGUGAUUCGAGAUAAUAUUUAGAAGUUACAAGUGUUAAGCUUGGAGGAUAAGGGUUAAUGAUGUUCUUCUCCCCCACCCCCUGUCUUACCAGAUUUUCAUUAUGUAGAUUGCCUGUGUUUUUUAUAUGAGGAGAGUACAAAAGAUCUAGUUGACAGCACUUAGGAUAUAAUUUGUUUUGACUGUAAUUUAACUUUACUACCUAAAGGCCAACUUCUCUUGCAACCUGAUGCAGUAUCAUCUCCUUCAUUCAGUGAAGGUUAGCCAGAAAAGCAUCAUCUGAUUGAGCUUGAUAUAGCUGCACUGUAGUCUUGAUGGUUGAGGACCUUAAAGUUUGAAAUGCAAAUUGACUUUUUUAUGCUUCUUUCUGAAGGAGGAAAUUAUCGAAGUGCAUAGUCAAAGACUACUCUAUUAGCUUUUGAAAUUGAGUAUCAGCAUAGACUAACCGAUCCUUAAAAGGUUAACUUUUUGGUCUACUCUAGGUUGGAUUAUCUAAGUCAGUAGUUACAUGCUGUCUCUAAUCAUGCUCCAUUGUAACCGUAUUACCCCUUUACAAUGAUUGCUUACUUUUCAAUCAUUUGCCUGUUGAAAGUUCUAAUCCUGUCAAAGUAGACCGUGCAUUAAAAAGAGAUUAAACGUAGAAUUGUCCAAGGGCAUUGCAGCUCAACGCAAUGGUGCAAUACCCUUAGGGAGGACCUUGAGUCCUGAGUUCAGUUCUGUUACGAGGGUUGCCCAUACUCAUCCCCCUUGCUAGUCCUGUACUAGGGCCCGUUGGCUUUUCCCUAGACAGUAAACAAGAAAGUAAAAAUGAUAUAAGUGUGUAUUGACUUUUGUAAUGAAGAAUGGAUAGGAGGCUGCUAGUUUAACGAACUUAUUUUUGGACAGGAUGUCUUAUGUAAUUUUUCUUCAUUAUCUAUUCCCCUGACUGCAUUGGUGAAGAUCGCAAAAGUUGGCCCACCUCGGGUUUGUAGCUGUGCUGUGAAGUUCUGAAUCUUGGAUAAUGUAAUAAUUAUUGUUGUAGAAAUUUACCUUCUGUUAUUCUUAUCUUGGCAAUCUUAGUUUGUUAUGAUAUUAAUGACGUGCUACGUGGUUCCUGCAAGGAAUAUGAGGAAUCGUGGCAAUUCAUGUCCUUCCGCUGAUGGAACGAAAUUCAUUACUUAUGGCGGAAAAGGGUCAGCCACUUCCAAAAUUUGGUUGAAUGGGACGUCAAUGACCCUGCCUCGGCUGAGGGCUUCACUGUAAUCUUCAACAAAGCAAGUGAUGAAAAGAAGACCGGUGGCACGACCGAGUCUCCUGGAAAGG